AUGAAGUCCCUCGUUCUUUCUCUCCUGGCGUUGGCCAGCACUUCGGCGGCGCACUACACGCUCCCUGAGCUUGUGGUCGGUGGAAAGGGAACGGGGAACUGGCAGUAUGUUCGUCAGACUGCUAACUACCAGUCCAAUGGUCCCGUGACCGACGUCUCCUCCACCGCAAUCCGCUGCUACCAGCUCGCCCCCGGCACCUCGGCCAAGACGUACACAGUCAACGCCGGCGACACGGUAGCUUUCACUGCAGCGUCAUCCGUGAGCCACCCAGGGCCGAUGCAGUUCUACAUGGCCAAGGUGCCCAGCGGCCAGACAGCCGAGACAUGGGACGGCAGCGGUAAUGCGUGGUUCAAGAUCUACCAGGAAGAAGCCAUCACGACAUCGAGCUCUAUUUCGUGGGCCAGCAUGGGCAAGACGCAGAUCCCCGUCACGCUGCCCAAGAGCCUGCCGAGCGGCGAGUACUUGCUGCGGGCUGAGCACAUUGCUCUGCACAGCGCUGGAAGCUCAGGAGGUGCCCAGGCAAGUUUUCAUUUUUUUUUUCAUUUUUUUUUUAUAAAAAAAACCCUCAAGGUGGUGCGUGGUGUUCUGUUUGCUGACUGCGUCGUAGUUCUACCUGUCGUGUGCGCAGAUCAAGGUCCAGAACGGCGGCAGCGGAAGCCCCUCGCCUCUCGUGUCCUUCCCAGGCGCGUACAAGGCUUCAGACGCCGGUGUCCUGGUCAACAUCUACUACCCGAUUCCGCAGAACUACAAGCCCCCGGGCCCAGCUGUCUGGACGGGUUAGAUGCGUGGGGUGGAGUCAGUUUGUGGUAG